AUCACUUCACACGUCCACCCCGAAACAAAGAGCACCCCACUGUCCAGACUCCGUUCCUGCCCGUAGCACUGACUGACUAGUCAAAUUCGAAAGCAGCACGGACGUCGUCACGGGGCUGCUAUCACGAUGGGAUUGGGCACCGUCACGCUGCUGGAAAUUAAUCAAGUCCCAAGUGGUAAACGGAUCGCCUUCUGCCUCCCGUCGGGUGAAUUCGUAUUUGUUGCGGACACAUGCGCGCCCGAAUUUAGUGCUAACAACGCUGCGGAUCUCUACGGCGGAAACCUAUUCCAGUUCCUGAUGCUUCGGGAUGCAGAACGGCUCGAGGAUUUUCUGCAAGCGCAGCAGCACUAUGGCAACAGCAGCACUGGACUAGCAUAUAAUCCGUCACAGCAAAUGCGCAUCGUAGUGAGGCUGUCGAAAAGCCUGAACACGCAACUGUGGAUUCAGCUCUCGACGAUCCCGCUGACGCUACGAAUGAUGCGGUGUAUCGACACCAUCCGAAGUCUCAGUAGCACACUAAGUCAAUUCGCAGACUCAUCCAGCUUCGUGCUCUCAGAUGACGAAUUCGGCUCCGUGUUGAGGAAUCCAUCUGAGAAGAGCGGGUUGUCGCAAUCAACGGACUUUGCCACGGUUGCGCCAUGGCCGACAGAUGAAGAGGACGACUUGACAUUUCUGGAGUUUGAAAAUAGCUGCCUGUCCCCAACGAGUUUCACUUCUAUCGUGCCGUUGGAGCUGAAACACCUCCACUCUAGUUUUGUGAUGACUCAUAGCUGGCUGGGUGACGCUGGAAGCGAAGAGGCCGAUGAUGAGCUUAGGGCAUCACUGUCCACACUAGCGUUUGAAGCCGAUUGGACCACUGAGUCCAUCGAGAAUGACACUGCACACGUCCUGUUUUCAGCAGAACCGAUUGCCUCAACUUCGUCAGAAAUGAAUCCCAUGACGCCGAAUAAGCCAGGUUUCCGGGAAGCACUCGUCACUUGAGUCGCACCUAAAGUUUUACAGUGGAACACUUCAUCCGCAUCCCAGUAUUUUUUCCUAAUCUAAUAAAAAGCAAAGCUUACUCG